AACACCACCGUGGAGAGAGUCACCAUCUGCGACACAAGAGUUGACAAUGGAUUCCAAUACCUACAAGCUCUAUCACAAAGACUGCUUUGAUUCCAGAGAAUAUCUGGACACUUACUUCUUAGAUAAAGAUGACAUGGUCUUUGGGGAGGAUUCCUUGUUAUUUCCCAUAGAACAUCUUAGAAAAACUUUUGCAUUUGGUCAUAUUAAAGGAGAUAUCUUGAUUGACCUCAGCAUUGGUUCUAUACCUUAUCAUCUGUAUUCAUGCUGUGAGUUUUUCAAAGACAUCAUAGUGCUCAAGGUCAGUGACCGAUGCAUCAUGGAGCUGAAAAGAUGGGUGGACACACGUACAGGAGCAUUUGAUUGGAGCCAUGCAACAAAACUUCAUGUAGACACAGAAGGAAACAGGCUGAAGUUCAAUGGCAGAUAAUCUCAUGGUGGCGUU